CCUGUCACGUGACCCACGGUCUACAUGCGUCUAUAAAUUCACCUCCAUGUAGUAGGCUUGUCCUUUCCUAACGAAGUUGCUGUGUCUAAUCUACCAGAUCAUCUGCAACUUCUACCAGCAAUAAUGUCAAAAGACCAGGCUUUCGUGACGUUGGCCACCAAUGAUAACUAUGCCAGAGGAGCCAUGGUCCUGGGCAAGUCCCUGAGGAACCACGAGACAACCAGGAAGCUGGUGGUGAUGAUUGGACCCCACGUCUCUGAUCCCUGCAAGGGAGUUCUUCACAAGAUCUUUGACGAGGUACUGUUGGUGGAUGUGUUGGACAGCGGAGACGCAGCUCACCUGGCCCUGAUGGAGAGACCUGACCUGGGAGUGACCUUCACCAAGCUACACUGCUGGACCCUCACGCACUACUCUAAAUGUGUGUUCAUGGACGCAGACACGCUGGUGGUACAGAACAUAGAUGAGUUGUUUGACAGAGAGGAGCUUUCUGCUGCCCCGGAUCCCGGCUGGCCAGACUGUUUUAACUCUGGUGUGUUCGUGUUCCGACCCUCCAACGAGACGUACGGCAAACUGCUCCAGUACUGCACAGAACACGGCAGCUUCGACGGUGGAGACCAGGGGGUCUUGAAUGGCUACUUCAGUAACUGGGCAACAGCAGAUAUAUCAAAACACCUCCCCUUCAUCUACAACCUCAGCAGCAUAGCAAUCUACACCUACCUUCCAGCAUUCAAACAAUACGGUGGCAACGCCAAGGUGGUCCACUUCCUGGGUCAGACCAAACCGUGGAGCUAUACGUACGACCCCACGACCAAGAGGAUCAGCGGGGACAUCCAGGAGACCUCCGCACAUCCCAGCUUCCUCCUGGACUGGUGGAUCCUCUACUCUUCCUCUGUGGUGCCCAUGAUGACAGAGGGAUAUGGAGACCAGCCCUUCCACUCUGGCUGUGUGGAAGUCAGUCUAGAAGGAAGCAGCACGUGUUUCCUCCCGCAGGAAAGCGGCACGUCCCAUGACCCCCAUCACAGCGAGCCAUGCAUGCCAACCGAGACAUCGGAGGAACGCAAGCAGAAAUGGGAGCAGGGCCAGGCGGACUACAUGGGAAUGGACUCGUUCGACAAUAUCCAGAAAAAGCUUGACGCUUUUCUCAAAUGAAGGUCGACAAGGGAUCACUUAGUUUGACAGAUUGGUUUAGUUGUUUCUCCCCCCCCCCCUUACCAAUAGUUGGUUCUCUACCCACACCAGCUCCUAGGAUUACAGCAGAAACAUUCUGACAUCGUUGACAGAGCUCAUAAACUAUACAUUACUUGUGUAGUAUGUUUAGGCUGUCGCAUACUGUAAAGAUGCCCACACUGUGAAGCACAAAUUUGUUGACACUCAUGAUUAAAAAAAAAAAGUUGGGAAUUGCUGUAUUUGUGAAGCGAAUUUAAAAACUGCAAUAAAAUAUGGCCUUGCCAGAUAUAUGAA